AUGCUUAAGGAAGAUUGCAUCCGUUUGCGCAAUCCAGAGAUUAUAUGCGAAUCUCAGCGACGGCGGUUUGCUAAUGUUGAACUUGUUGAUAAAAUCAUUCAACUUUAUGAAGAAUGGAAAAGCCAUCAAUUCGAGCUGGAACAGUUCCGAAAGGAUUUCAACAAGAUCAACAAAGAAGUCGCCAAACUCAGAAUUGCAGGACAAGAUGCGACUUCAUUGAUUAAAGAUACCGAGGAAAACAAGCAAUUGACUGCGAAGAAAGAAGCACAUGUUCAGGAGGCCCAAAGAGCAUUGCAUUCAAAUCUGAAUCUGGUUGGAAAUAUUGUUCAUGACUCUGUUCCCGUUAGCAACGAUGAGGCAGAUAACGAGAUAGUUAGGAGUUGGGGAAAGAAGAGAGAUGAAGCAAAACUGAGAAAUCAUGUGGAUCUUGUCGAUCUUCUUGGAAUUGCAGACCUGAAAAGAGGUGCUAAUGUUGCUGGUGGUAGAGGAUAUUAUCUAAAAGGAGAUGGUGUGCGUCUCAAUCAAGCUCUAGUGAAUUUUGGCCUUGAUUUCUUGGAGAAGAAGGGUUACACACUGUUGCAGACUCCAUUCUUCAUGAGAAAAGAUAUCAUGGCAAAAUGUGCUCAAUUAUCACAAUUUGAUGAAGAACUCUACAAAGUAACAGGUGAAGGAGAUGACAAGUACUUGAUUGCUACUGCUGAACAGCCACUUUGUAGGAUAUGA